AUGACGGCAAAAUCUCCGAGAGCGUCCAAGUGUCAAGCAGCACCCGCGGAAAAGAAAUCGAGCGGUCAAGCGGCUUCUACACUAAAGAGACCAACGCGCAAAUUCAAAGCCAAGACGUCGGAAGACGAGGGGCGCAGUCAAGAGACCGCUGCACCGAAUCCGGGAAUGAAUGCCGAGUCAGCACCAGGAACAACGCGAAAACGCAAAGCCACUACAUCCCAAGGCGCAGGAGGUGCUCAGAAAAGUGAUGCACUGCCAGGAACGGUAGGGACGCAUAAACGCGAGGCCAAAACGUCUGGGCAUACUGCCAGUGCUGAGAAGACUGUGCCGAUGUCUGGACUUGCAACGACGCGUACGCGCAAAGCUAGGACAUCUAAGGAUGCUGGUGGCUUUGAGCAGACUGAACGUUCGCGUAAAGGCAAGGCUAACACGUCCGAAGAUGCUGGCAGCGCGAACACUCACCCGAUGCCAGGACCUGCACCUACGCGUAAACUCAAGGCUAAGACGUCCGAAAUCGCUGGCAGCGCUGAGAAGACUCAGCCGGCGCCAGGACCUGCAACGACAGGUACACGCAAAGGCGAGACAUUUGAAGACGUCGGUGGUGUUCAGAAGACGAAGAAAGCUGCAGGAACAUCACGAAAACGCGAAGCAACGGCAUCUGAAGAUGCAGGAGAUAAAGGCGAGACGGACAGCAGCAAGCGCAAGAUUUUCCUGAAAAGGCGCCCAUAUUGA